UCCAGAGCCGCGCGAGAAGGCUUGGUCGUCUCUUCAUGGUCGGGAUAUCGGUCCAAGUUAUAGGACACGCGGUAAUGAGUAACGAGAAUCAGUUCACCAGAAUAAUUAUCGUCUGAUAAGAAUAUUAUAUCAUUGCUCCGAAAGUUUGAUCCUACCUUGAAGGUUUUGAUAUCAGUUACUCACAUAACAUCUUAACUUCACCCACUCAAAUGGUGUUUAAGAUAUCUGCAUAAUUUGUUUUUCCCAUAAUGACAUCAGGAAAUAACUUUGACAAGGCUAAAGGAGUCAACUCAGUCCGGAAACACAAGAUCAAAGGACUUUACUUAUUUGAAAGAUGUUCUGGGGGAAUACUCAAUCUCAAGUUUGAUUCGGAAGUAUUAGAGUCAUUUUACUACAAAUGCACUUACCCAAGUUCUCGUGGGAGAUUCCGUUUUGGUACUGUAUUAACAGCUUUUCUGUCAGUCGCUUGGUUGAUGUAUUUUUCAAUUCUGCAACAUCCUAGUUGUUUAAUAUACAGGAUCGGAUUCAGUCUUGGUGUUGUGAUCUCAGUUACUUAUUUCUUAAUGAGCUUCUUCGACAAACUUUUCAGAUCCCGAGCUAUAUCAAUCAGUGUUAGUCACGCAUGGAUUUCAUGCUUGCUUGGCUUGCUUGCAUUUACUCCACCAGAACCUGGUGCUACUUUGGCUUUUAAUCUCAGUUUAAUUCUUCAGCUCAUAUUGAUCACAUAUACUAUGGCUCCUUUGCGCUUAUGGCAGCUGCUGGCAAUAUGUGGACCCGUCAGUGUCUUGCAAAUAGUUUUAGCAAGUGUGAGGUACGACCGGGUCCCAGGCUGGUUUAUACUGUUGUUUUUCGUCGGUCAUUUCUCCGUUCAUUUAAUUGGAAUUAAUCUUCACUUAAUGUCCCAAGUUUGGCGCCGAUCGACAUUUUUACGCAUGGGUUAUAAUGCUUUAAUGCGAAAAGCAUUAAAGAAAGAACAAGAAAUACGCGAUGAUAUGAUUCGUUCAUUAAUGCCUAAUCAAGUUGCACAAGAGGUAAUGCGUGAAGUGGGCAAUGAAAGUUCUAUUGAAUAUGACACUAAUGAUGAUGAUGAUGAUGAUGAUCAUAGGCGUUCAAACGACAAGAAUAAAAAUAAGCAUAAAAGGAAUGAGUCUAAGCAAAGUCACCAUAGAAAAUCGAAAGACAAAAAAUCACACGAAGCGAAUUGUAUCAAUUUAGGUGAAAGUUUUAAAAUUAUUGGACUCAGUUAUGCUGGUGAUGAGGUAGAUAGUGAAGAUGAAGAUGAAACACAAACUCCAAAGAAAGCGAGUCUUGGAAGUAACUGUGAACAACAGCCUAUACGACAAGAUGACUUAGAAAUGGGUUCUGGCAUUAGUGAUGCUAGCAGUCCUUGUAGUCAAAAAUGUAGCUUAAUGCCUAAAGCAGCUGUUGUACCUCCAUCACGAGCUGUCGCAUUUCGAAAGUUUCAUGUGAAUCAAUUAGAAAAUGUCAGUGUAUUAUUUGCUGAUAUUGUUGGUUUUACUAAAAUGAGCUCGAAUAAAUCUGCAUCACAUCUUGUCUACCUAUUAAAUGAUCUUUUUGGGAGAUUUGAUCGUUUAUGCGAACUUGUUGGUUGUGAGAAAAUCGCCACCCUUGGUGAUUGUUAUUAUUGCGUCUCUGGUUGUCCGAAUCCAACCGAAGAUCAUGCUGAGCGAACAGUGGAAAUGGGUAGAGCAAUGUGCUUAGCUAUACAACAGUUUGAUGAAGAUCAUUCAGAGGAAGUGAAUAUGCGUGUCGGUGUACACACUGGUAAAGUGAUCUGUGGAAUUGUCGGAACAAGACGGUUUAAAUUCGAUGUUUGGUCAAAUGAUGUUACAUUAGCUAAUGAAAUGGAGUCUAGUGGUGAAGCGGGAAAAGUGCACAUUUCUGAAGCUACUUUAAGUUUUGUAAAAGAUAUUUAUGAAGUUUCUGAAGGAAAACCUGUUCAUGAUAUUCGAAAAUUCAAAGUGUUAGUUGAAUUUUUUAAUAAAGAAGAACAAUGUUUUGCCAUUAAACAUACUCAAGAUGAAGCUAUGAUCAAAACAUAUUUUAUUGAAAAACGUUUGGAUGAUAAGCCAGUUGUCAGUUUGCCACCUAUGCAACUGGAAGUUGGUCCAGUUCAAUUACAAAGUACUAAUACUGUUUGCGAUAGUGAAACUGUUACCACAAAUAAUAAUCUGAAUGAUGAAUCACGGAAUAUUGACGCAGUUCUCCCAACAACAAUGAAUACUAGUAUUUCAUCAGCCACGGAAAUUCACAACACUUUUACCUCAUGUCAUCCACUUGUGAAUAACGAAAGUACUAAUAAUGUCGCUAAGAAACCUGACGGCAUUACACAACAUAAUGAUGGAGAUAAUAAAAAGCUGGUGGAUACCAGUCAACUCCCACAAUCGGUUUCAACAGUCUUAACAGAAAAUCGUCUCUCUAUGGAUAAUAAGAACAUAACUAUACCGCAUACUGCUACUGCUACUACUACUACUACUACUACUACUACUAUAACUACUUCGUAUGCUAUUAGUCGCGGUUCUGAUGUAGAAAUGUUGCAGGCAUUACAAGAUUUUGUUCAACCUGAUGAAAUUUUCAUUUUCCACCCAUAUCCAGAUUAA